UGUGUGGGUUGUGCUGUUGAAACCUUUUCCUGUAUUGCACUGACCUGCUUCUGUUUCUCAGCUUCUGUUUCACAGCAAAUAAGUCUGGCUUUAUGACCUCUCUAUUGAGAACUCAGAAGAGUUUUUAAAAUAGUGAACAUUGUUUUAAAGACUGAAAAAAUGGUCACAGACAUUAAAAUAUGUGUGUGAGACUUGCAGAGUGAUGUAUAGCCAUGAACACUGGGAAGAAGAUCAUUUAGGAGUUUAGUUUUUCUUGACGAAGAACAUGAACCAGAACCAACUGGCCCAGAAACUGAAGACCACCAUCAGAAAAGGUCAGACUGACCCAGUUCAGGGCACUACAGCUCAGGUUGACCUACCUCAGGCCACUGCAGCUCAAGAUGACCCAGUCCAGAACAUCACAGUUCAGAGUGAACCAAUCCAGAUCAUCACAACUAGGGGUGACCCAGUGCAGACAAACACACCUCUGAGUGAACCAGUCCAGAACAUUUCAGCUUGGAGUGAACCAGUCCACACCAUCACAGCUCAGGGUGACCCAGUCUGGACCACCACAACUCAGAGUGAACCAGUUCAGAACAUCACAACUCAGGGUGACCCAGUGCAGACAAGCACAGCUCAGCAUGACCCAGUGCAGUCAAACACAGCUCUGAGUCAGCCAGUCCAGAACAUCACAGCUCAGUGUGGAGCAACCGUCAAUUCAUCUUUUCUACAAGGAAAUGAGUUCUAUGGCCCAGUUUAUAUUGGCAUUGGAACUGAUUCUAAGGAUGAAGAGGUAACUGGAAAGAGCUCAGUAGUGUCCUCCACUGCAACUCCAUAUGAAGAUUCAGUUAGUGUUUCCACUGCAGAAGAUCAAAAGAAAUGCACCCAGUUGAAGUCCACCCACAGAGAGCGAUAUGAAAGUGUACUAAUUGGGAAUUCACAGACAGGCCAUACAAAGUUCUUGGAGGAGAUCUACACUGAUCUCAUUGUGGUGCAGAAUGAAAGUGGAGGAGUCAUUCAAGAACAUGAAGUGAUGCAAAUGGAAAUAUUAUGCAAUAGACCUGAUGGUGAGGAAGUUUGUGUUAAAUGCAGUGACCUUUUCAAGGUCCAGUCUGGUACCAGUAGAAGGAACAGAAAAGUGUUGACAAUGGGAAUUGCUGGAGUGGGCAAAACUGUGUCAGUCAACAAAUUCAUACUCGACUGGGCAAAGGGAGAAGAGAACCAGGACAUAAGCUUAAUUUUUCCUCUUCCUUUCCGUGAACUGAAUCUGAAGAAAGAUAAGAAGUUCAGUUUGAUUGAUCUACUGAAUCACUGCUUUUUUUCUUCAAAAACUGGAUUGAAGUCUCUUCCAGAAGAUGAUGGUAAAGUUCUGUUUAUCUUCGAUGGGCUGGAUGAGUGCCGCUUUCCUCUUUGUUUUGAGGAUGGAGAAGAAGUCAAAGAUAUCAGGGAGAAGACCUCAGUGGGAUCACUGAUCACAAACCUUAUCAAUAGAAAUCUGCUUCCCUUUGCUCUCAUCUGGAUAACUUGCCGACCUGCAGCAGCCCCUCUGAUUCCACGGGACUACAUCAACCUGGUGACAGAAGUACGAGGAUUCAGUGAUGAACAGAAGGAGGCAUACUUCUACAACAACUGUAAUCAGGAUAUGGCAGUGAAAAUUGUUUCACACAUAAAGAAAUCAAGGAGUCUCUACAUCAUGUGUCAAAUCCCCGUGUUCUGCUGGAUCUCUGCCACUGUGCUUCAGCCUCUGAUGGGUCAAGAGAGCAAUAAGGAAAUCCCCACAACCCUGACAGGAAUGUACAUAAGCUUCCUACUGCAGCAGAAAAACCUAAUGAAAAAGAAAUACAGUGAGAAAACCAGAACUGUUAAUGCUGAGCGUAUCAUUCUGAAGCUUGGUAAGCUGGCCUUCUGUAAUCUUGAGAGUGGUAGUCUGAACUUCUAUGAAGAUGAUCUCAGGAAAUGUGGGAUUGACGUCAGUGAUGGCACUGUGUUCUCAGGAGUGUGCACACAGAUUUUCAGUCAACAGGAGGGAGUUUCUGAGAGGAACAUUUUCAGCUUUGUGCAUCUGAGUGUUCAGGAAAGCCUUGCAGCUUUAUAUGUGCAUCACUCUUACUGCAACAAGAAAAUUAAUGCAUUCAAAAAGGAGACAUUCUGGAACAAGCUUGGAUGGAUCAAUAAGAGUAUAAAAGAUCUUCAUAAGUGUGCAGUGGGAAGAGCUUUGCAGAGUGAAAAUGGACACCUGGAUCUUUUCCUCCGUUUUCUUAUCGGCCUCUCACUGGAGGACAGUCAGGGUGUUCUAACGGAACUUCUGCCAAAUCUGAAGAUCAGAGCAGAGAGUGUUAGGGACACAGCUGACUACAUCAAGAUGAAGCUGAAUGAGGAAAUGUCAUCUGACAGAAGCCUGAAUCUCCUCCACUGCCUGAGUGAGCUGAAAGACAAUUCCCUGACAAGUGAAAUCCAGAAAUAUCUGAACUCAGGAAAGCUCUCAACACAGAAACUCUCAUCUCCAGAGUGGUCGGCUCUGGUGUUUGUGUUGCUGAUGUCAGAGGAGACCAGAGAGAUGUUUGAGCUAAAGAAAUACAAUCCAUCAGAGGAAGGACUGAGGAGACUACUGCCAGUGGUGAAAAACACAAGACGAGCUCUAUUAGCUUCAUGUAAUCUUGGAGUAAAGACCUGUGAAGAUCUGGAAUCAAUUUUAAAUCUGGAAAACUCCUCUCUUAAACAACUUGACCUCAGUAACAAUGACCUGGAUGAUUCAGGAGUGGAGUUGCUCUCUGCUGGACUGAAGAGUUCACAUUGCAAUCUGGAGAUACUCAGACUAGCUUUGUGUAAUCUUGGAAAAAAGACUUGUAAUCAUCUGGAAUCAGUUUUAAAACUGGAGUCCUGUUCCCUGAAAGAACUGGAUCUCAGUAACAAUGAUCUGCAGGAUUCAGGAGUGGAGCUGCUCUCUGCUGGACUGAAGAGUUCACACUGUAAACUGGAGAUACUCAGAUUAUCUGGUUGUAUGAUCACAGAGAAAGGCUGUGAUUACCUGGCUUCAGCUCUGAGAACAUCCCCCUCAUACCUGAAACAACUGGAUCUGACCUACAACCACCCAAGAGAGUCAGGAGUGAAACUGCUUACUGCUAGGCUGGAGGAUCCACACUACUCACUCAACACACUCAGAGUGGAACAUGGAGGUGAGAUCAGAAUAAAACCAGGACUGAGGAAAUAUUCCUGUGACUUCACUCUGGACCCAAACACAUUGAACAGAGAUCUCGCUCUGUCUGACGGGAACAGGAAGGUAGAGUUUGUGUGGGAGAAGCACUCGUAUCCUGAUCAUCCAGAGAGAUUUGAUUGGUGGUGUCAGGUUCUGUGUAGAGAAAGUCUGACUGGACGCUGUUACUGGGAGGCCGAGUGGAGCGGGUUGAGGGUUGAUAUAGCAGUAACAUAUAAAUCAAUCAGGAGGAAAGGACUCAGUGAUGACUGUGGGUUUGGACGGAAUGAAAAGUCCUGGAUUCUGAGAUGCUCUGAUGACAGUUACUCUGUCUGGCACAAUAAUAACAAGACUGAACUCUCUGCUCGACCGUCCAGUGAGAGAGUAGGAGUGUAUGUGGACUGUCCGGCCGGCUCUCUGUCCUUCUACAGUGUCUCUGAUGAUCAAACACUGACGCACCUUCACACAUUCAGCACCACAUUCACUGAACCGCUCUGCGCUGGGUUUACACUUUAUUAUGACUGUUCAGUGUGUGUGUGUGUGUGUGUGUGAGAUAGAAUAACCUUCUGUG